GCUGCUACGACGCGGACCGGAGUAACACGUGCCUGGUUGUGCAACAGUGUGCAAAUCUGAUGAAAAUAUUUCGUGGGAAAAGUUCUGCACUCUUGGUCCGACAUCUUAGUCCUUGCGUCAUGUUCUGCGGAAGCAUUAGUUGGUUCAUCUGCAUUUUUGUGGCCGUAGUCAUAACUGUAAAUUGCAGUGACUCAGAUUCCAUUACAGGACCCGAUCUGGAAGUCAAUGUUUUACGCUUAAGAUCUGAAAACCCAGGACAGUCUGCAGUGGUACCAGAAACAGAGGGUAAGGAGACCACAGGUGUGGGUCUGAGCGCCCUGCUGGACGCCGGGGAGGACGCCGUGGUGACCCUGGUGGCCGGCGACACGCGUCUCGCAGCGCACAGGGCCGUCCUGGCUUCCAGGAGCCCCGUGUUCCAAGCCAUGUUCCGGCAGGACCCGCUGGAGGCCAGCAGCGGUCAGGUCGCAGUCCAGGACGUGGAGGGCCCGGUGCUGCGCCAGCUGCUGGCCUACCUGUAUACACUCCAGGCCCCCCGGCUGCCCGGCAUGUCUGCACAGCUGCUGGCCGCAGCUGAUAAGUACGGCGUGUCGGCCCUGAAGGCGGAGUGCGAGCUGCAGCUGGCCGCACAGCUGUCCGUCGAGACAGCGGCGGCCACGGCUGCUCUCGCGGUCAGGCACUCCUCUGACAGCCUCAAGCAGGCGGCCAUUAAAUUCAUAAGGGCUCACUUGGUGCAGGUGAUUUUCACACGGGGCUGGGCUGACGCAGUGCGCUCCCAGCCUCAAGACAUGGCUGAUGUGUAUCGCCUGCUCUUGGAGACGCCAAUGGAAACCAGAUAUGCUGACGCUCACCGAGAAGCCAACACUGGCACCCCACUGCAGACGCCGAGUAACACCACUGCACAACGUCAAAGACCGCCAGCAACUGCAGACGGCAGGGCCACCGCCGCUACUGAGCUGCUCAGCAACCGUGGCUGGACUUCGGUCACAGCUGCACCACCCACGACUCUGCACUCCACACUCUGGCCUGAUGGCAGCACCGCCUCUACUCUGCACACACCAGCCACUACAGACAGCUCAGUCGCCCCCACCACUAAGCUGGAGAGCAACCAUGGUGACCACAGCCGGACUUCCGCCUCAGCUACCACGCCCACAGCUGCCAGCCCGACUCCCUCAACCGAUAGCGCCGCCAUCACUCUGCUGAGGAGUAUUUCUGGAGAGGAGAAGGGCCGGAGGCUGAUACACGCAGCUAAGGAAGGGGCAGUGGAGGAGCUGCAGGCCCUGCUUAAGGCUGGAGCAGACGUGGAGGCGAUGGAUGGGAACAUGGAGACCGCCUUGCACUGGGCAGCGAAGCAGGGCCACGUGGAGGUAGCGAGGCGUCUGUUGGAGGCCGGGGCAGAAGUGGAAGCCAGGAACGAUAGGAAGAGCACGCCGCUGCAACUGGCUGCAGAGAGAGGCCACGCAGCUAUGGUGCAGUUACUCAUAGCGUCUAAUGCCGACGUCAAUGCCAAGAAUCAGUAUGAGAGUACAGCAAUGCACUAUGCGGCAGAGCACGGCCAUGCAGAAAUUGUGAAUACGUUGCUGGAGGCAAGGGGAGAAGUGGAUGCCAGGAAUGGGAAGCAGAGCACAGCUCUGCACAUUUCUGCAUGGAAAGGCCACACAGCUGUGGUGCGGCUGCUGUUGGCGUCUAAAGCCAACCCCAAUGCCGUGAAUAAAUUUGGGAUGACGCCGCUGCACUAUGCGGCCCAGCAGGGCCACAGUGAGGUGGCGACACUGCUGCUCGAGGCAGGGGCUAACAGGGAGGCCAGAGAUAAUGAUGGGAACACAUCACUAGACCUCGCAAGGCUGAAAAAACUCCAGAAGUUGAUAGAUAUGCUACGAUGAAGCUAGAAGUCCGUCAGAUAUGUCUAGACCAAAACCAGAUGAGUUUCAUCAAGUGAAUUUUGGUUCUUUUUAAAACAAAGAAUAUAAAAAGAUAAUCUGACAGUUGUUCUUUGUACACAAAUUAAUAUAGUGCUUACAUCUAA